GGGGCUCACGAGCUCUGAUAUUCUCCUCAGUUUCGGAGACCCAGACAGAGAGCAAGUCCCCAGCGGGGAUCCUGACAGAGACUAAGUUUGAUUCCAGCGCAACUGAGUGGGUCUUCAGGCUUUCAGCACCGUGGACAGCGACACGCCGCAGCUCCGCACGUAGCUCAGCCGGGGGAGAGCGCAUUGAGCCCGGGCGUCUCUCCCGCGCCUAACCCGGUCAGGAUAUGGUCCUCUCCUGUCACCGCUCCCCCACGCGUCGCAAUGGGCUACACUGAGUCCAUUGCAUAAGAACAACAGAGAAUGCCCUUGACAACUGUCUACACAGAGUUGAAUUUAGUAUGACUGCUGCACAGCGCGCAGACCGAGCAGGGGAAGACUCGGUGCCCCAACUAGACUGAACCGUUUCUAUGUUCCUCAGUUAAAGUCUCUUUGCCAGUACGUUAAGACUAGAGUUCUUUGCACCACCAUGGGGAUUAGGCACCUUUUGUUGCUGCUUAUAUACCUGGACCCGCUCUGUGUCCUGAGCGUCGCCACGACUGGUAAAAAACCCAAACCAGCGCAAAGGAAGACUUUAAAACCCACCGCGGUGCCCACGGUUGUCCCGCAGAAGACCCCGCAGCCGGCGCCGGUCAGCAAUCACGACACCUGCCUGGGCUACUACGAUGUGAGCGGCCAGUAUGACAAAAUGUUCGAAUGCAACAACACGGACCACCGGUACUGCUGCGGGACGUGCUACCUGCGCUUCUGCUGCGAGUAUAAGAAAGACCGGCUGGAUCAGAAAGCUUGCAGGAACUACCAAACACCGGAGUGGGUCCAGACUGUCGCCCCGUCGCCAAUCCCGACCGGUGAAACCUACAAUCUGAGCAUGGAUCAGACCAACACGGCGGUCUACAUCACCUGUGGGAUCAUAGCCUUUAUUAUAGUGCUGGGAGUGUCGGUCAAAGUUGCUUAUGAUAAAGCCACAGAGCCGCCUCAGGAAAUGAAUAUACACAGAGCCCUUGCAGACAUACUGAGGCAGCAGGGACCCAUCCCCAUUUCGCAAUAUGACUGUGAGAAUUUUGCAGCGAUGAACGGCUCACCCAAAGACAACACACCAGUCAGAACCUCAUCAAAGAACCACUAUACUCCUGUUCACACCUCCAAAUCCAACCACGGUCUUCACUAUGGAAAAGAGAGCAUCCGGAGCAGCGGCGGCGGUGACCUUCACAGCUUCAUCUCCUCUGGUUUUGUGACGCUUGGCCGAGGCCAUCAGAAAGGAGAAAAACAUUGGCCGGUCCGCUCCCAGAGUCACCAUGGUACCCAUCAGCACAACUAUAACCAUGUGGCUCUAGGUAGCCCCACACGCACACCUAAGAAUGCACACCGAUCAUUGAGACGUGAAAACAAUCGGAUAAGCAGCAUCCUGACCUCGCAGACGGAGCCCUACGACCUGUCUUUCUCACGCUCCUUCCAGAGCCUCUCACAUCUGCCUCCCUCCUACGAGGCGGCCGUCAAAGCCGACCUCAACCGGUUCUCAUCCCUGAAGAAACUCACAGGGGAUAAAGAUCUCGAAGAGUACUAUAGCCGUAAGCGCCACCUUCCUGACCUGGCAGCAAGAGGCACUCUUCCCUUGCAUGUUCUCAAAAUGGGUCAAGAACAGCACCGGGAACCACAGCAGCAGCACCAGGCCCCGCCCCCACCAUCCUCCUCCCAGGUCCCUCCCCAGUCCCAGUCUUCACAGCAGCAGUCCCAGCAGAGGCAGAGACCUCGUCGUGUCCAAAGGGCCAUGUCCCAGGACCGUGUCCUGUCCCCACAAAGUGCCCCACACCAGGACUACAACAUGUCUUCUAAUGGUAUGUCCCCGUACGGAGGCAGGAUCCUCUCUGAUGAACAGCUUCUGUCUGCUGAACGUCUUCGAUCCCAGGAGCGUCUUCUGCCACAGGACCGCCACACCUCCCAGGAUCGCCUAUACACCAAGGACCGCAUGUACUCAAAGGACCGACUCCUGUCGCAGGACCACCUGUACUCAAAAGACCGCCACUAUUCUCAAGAACGCCUCUAUUCGCAAGAUCGCCUAUAUUCACAAGACCGCCUCCUGUCCCAGGAUCCUCUGCUCUCACCAGAUAAGCUAAUGAUGUCAUUGAAGCGUGGCAUGGUCAGCAGCAUCUCUGGGGGCUUUCGAGGCAGUGACAAGUCGAUGUCACGUGCCAUCUCACAUACAGAUGUGUUCAUACCGACCACUCCUCUCAUGGAUCGUUACAAGAUGACCAAAAUGCACUCCCAUCCCAGUGCCUCUAACAACGGCGGUGGUGGCGGCAACAGUGGUGGGGCAUCGGGGGCAGGAGUAACCAUCCACUCCAACACUUUAGCCAUGAACCAAACAGCGAAUAAGAGGCAGGCGUUUGCCUCCAGACGAACUCACACUGUUGAACAGCUCCACUACAUCCCACAGCACCACCAGCAGCAACAACAGCCACAGCACUACCGCACGGGCAGCAAGACUGAAGUGACUGUGUAACAGCAGCCGGGGUGAACCGGAACUGCACUGCAAGAAGCACCGCUGUGUGCCACGGGGUGGGUUGGGCUGGGAUUCACUGGGAAACACUGGCCACCUUUUAGAGUAGGAUGGUGACGAUUUCAUUUUCUUUGACUGAAGUUCCUGCAAAGUCAAAGAUUUCUGGACCAAGAUCAUCCGCUAGCUUACUGUGAGACCGGAAAACGAGCCACACUGUACACUGCAUACACAGGCCCAGCAAGAUCUGAAGCCAGAAAGGGUUGUGGAUAGGGGGGUGGUUUAGUAUUAUACAGCUAACUUGCCUAAUAUUAUUUCCACUGUCUUGAUUAUACAAUUUGUCCACAGGCUAUGGCCUGGUUCUAUGUACGUUUCAGUGGGGAAACACCAGUCGUGUCUGUUUAAACCUUUACGAGCCCCCUUUGUCCACAAAUCGUUCUGUGACCUUUUCUGGCAAAUCUUAAAGGGCUUUGCAUGGUUAAACACAAGAAAUGAUUCCUUCGUGACUUCUGUUGUGCAACACAACACGACUACAGGUGAUGAACAAUAGUGAGCCUGUAAUAACUUUAUAAAUAUAUAAUUAAAGGAGUUUAAAAAGAAACAACCAUUUGUACACCGCAUCCUACUCAUAGCUCUAGAAAAUCUCAAUGAGAGAAACUGAAAUGGAUGUUAUCAGCACUUGUAUUUGGUGCCUCUGACCGAUGUUCCAUUUCUAAAUACAAAGUGGUUUUGUGGGUUACGAAGCACAAUCAAUACAAAUAAUUCUGUUUUGUUUUAUUCUUUGAGUUUGGAUAGUAAUGGCUAGCUUGGUUAGUUCUUAAAACAAUGGCUUCUUUUUCCUUCUUUUGCUUCCACUAGACAAUUGUAAAUAAGCUUUCCUAGAAGCAGUAUUAUGGACAAGCCUGUACUGGAUGGACUUUGUAUUAGACUGUCUGUUUUCAAUAGAUUCUAUAAAAAAAAUAAAAUAAAAUAAGUACAGCUAUAAACCAUCACUGUUUCGUGAGUUCAGAAUAGAAACCCACUUAACCAAGUAUUAGACAGGAUAAAUUAAAACUAUACUGUGUGUCUUUGCAAAACUGUUUGGGCGAGAAGUGAAUGAAUGUGUUGUUGAUGAAAGCUAUACCACUGUUCAUAUUUGGAUGUAGACUGUGUUCCAUUGACAUCAGGAGACUUGAGUUUCAUGGAAAUGAAUUAUAAUGCUUGUGAAAUUAGGGUCAAAUAAACCAUCCAUAUUUUUCUAAAAAUA